AUGUCUGAUCAGAUUGUCGAUGACACCAGGCACGAAAAGGACCCGACAGCGAUUACCGAGUGUCGUCCGUCGCCAUCAGGUUCAUGGGUGACGUCAUUCGAGUUGCUAGCAGCAACAGCAGCAGAAACAUGGAAUACGCUCAACGUGGAGCACUCGAAUAUCAUCCAGUGGGUAAUCGAGAAUGCAGACAGCCAGCACGCGCUGGUGCGCUUUGCCUGUCUGUACUUUGUGCGCCAGGCGGCCGAGAUUCACGACAAACAUUCAGAGUCUCUGCUAGUUGCGCUUGGGUACCAGGGAUACGUGCUGCGUCGGCUGCUCGAUGCCAGCCACUUUAUCGUUGCUGAGGCAUGCAAGCUCGUGUCAGUAUUGGUCUCUGUGUCAAGCGAUGUCGACGAGAGGCUGAAAAGCAUGAUUGGUAGUCUGGCUAGCCGCGCUUUUGACCGCCAGAGUUCGGCACAAAAGAAAGCGCUCCUAUCAGUGGCUGGUACGCUUCUGCAGCUUGGUGCGGGCGCAAGAGAUUAUGUAUGCUCGGUGGUUCCUCUGAUCGGCCUUAGGCCAUAUUUACUGGAUGAGGAGAGGCUGGUGCGCGACCAGGCGCUGGAUAUAUAUGAGGUCAUGGUCAGAACAAAUCCAGGCAGCAGCUACGCCGAAAUGUUUACCACUCUGUCGCCAAGAGGGUCAGCUCAGGUGCUGACCAGGGUUGAUAUAUUAGUAGCCCUGCGAGGGCUGGCGGCCAUGGUCAAAGGGUUGGGUGCGAGUGAAUGCUCGGGGCGUAGCGCGGCUGAUGUGCUCAAGGCGAUUGCCUACACAGCUGUAUCUAUCCUCGCCGAUCUACAGAACGUACGAUUCCCUCUGGUAGCUGAGGAGAGUAUUUAUUCGUACCCAGAGCUACAGCAGAUUAGCCUGUGCGCUGUUUUAAACCAGGUUUCAAUCGAAUCGGCUCGCAUCGCUCGUGACUACAGCCAAGUCUUCUUUGACCAGCCGAUAUUCGAAAAAUCGCAGCAGCUUCUGUCUACGGUACUGGAUGCGGCUGUCAAGUCGCUGAAGCUGGCCAAGCACCUGGUGGCGAACUUUAGCAUUGGGUCGUCAGGUGUCAAGGCGCUGCUGAUGGUGGCCCUGGAGAUUAUCGGCGAGCAAGCAGAGUUCGAGGCUGUGUUGUUUGGACAGUUUGCUCGGGCGCUGGUUUCAGCGAUGCGAACUCGGCUGGCAGAUGUUGAGUGGGAGGCGAGGGACACAGUGCUGGAGAUCGUGCAUGCUGCGGUAGAGACGAUUGAGUGGGGCAAGGUCGCGCCUGUAAUUGGCGAUAUGGGGCUGAUACAGGACGUUGUCAACGCGCUUGAAGACCCAGAGGAGUACAUUAGAGCAUCGGGCGCGCAGGCAUUGGUCAGCAUUGUAGAGCAUGCUGAUCAAGACGUGGUUCGCGCAGUGGUGGAUUGCAAUGAACUCGAUGCUGCGCAUUUGCGAGCGCUAAUUGGGGACAGUGAGGCGUUUGUCAGGCGUGCUGCACUGGAGCUGGAUCUCUACCAGCUGGCUGAUAACCCCGACUUCGAGGUGCGUGUACGGCUGGCUCGAGUGCUGGCAAGGCUUGCUCCGUUGACCUUCCAAUACGUCGAGGAGCUGCAGCCUGGAACGCUGCUUAUUGACAUGUGCCGAGACUCAUCCCGGUACGUGCGCAGGGUGUGCUUAGACAGCUUGACGGGAAUGAAGGGCAGCUUGGAAGCUGCGGGCGUGUCAGCCUCGAAGAAGGAGCAGACAAAGCGCAGGGUUGUCGUCAGCAGCCAGGCAUCGUUCUAUUCAAAGCUCUGCGAGAUCGACUUUGCCCGACUUGAGGCCGGGCUUACCACAGAGCACUUGUACCAGGAGGCCCUGGACACGCAGGUCGAGGAUGAGUUGAUGCAGGAGACCGGCGAGCGAAACCAGGGCAACAACAUCCUUGAAUGCUACUGA